AUGGGCUUCUUCGACUUCCUGAAGCCAGGGUCCACGAAGAACGUUGAGUCGAUGCGGCGCGGGAUGGGGACGGAGGCGGCUCCCGAGGCGCCGCCCGACGGGCUCGAGUACGCGACGUUCGCGAGCGGGUGCUUCUGGGGCAUCGAGCUGGCGUUCCAGCGCGUGCCCGGCGUGGUGAAGACCUGGGUCGGCUACACUCAGGGCGAGGUCGAGGGGCCGACGUACGAGAUGGUGUGCACCGGGGGCACGGGCCACACGGAGGCGGUGCUGAUGACGUACGACCCGAAGGAGGUGUCGUUCGACACGCUGUUCGACACGUUCCUCGCGCGCACGGACAUCACGGCGCUGAACCGGCAGGGCAACGACGUCGGCACGCAGUACCGGUGUGGUGUGUACUACCACACGCCGGAGCAGAAGGAGGUGGCCGAGCGGCGGCUGGCGGCGGAGCAGGAGAAGCUCGGGAAGAAGGUUGUUGCGGAGUGUCUCCCCGCCAAGACGUUUUACAUGGCCGAGGACUACCACCAGCAGUACCUCGAGAAGGGCGGGCGCAUGGGCAGGAAGCAGAGCGCGCAAAAGGGCUGCUCGGACCCCAUCCGGUGCUACGGCUAA